GCUCUGCCCUACAGCAUGUCAUUGUACCCUUCUGUCAGACUUUCAGUGUCUGGUCCAAGGCAAGUCCCACCAAAUGCCGUUGAACUGCAAAACAGGGGAACAGGAGUGGACUGACAACUCACGGGGCCCCCGGGCAAUAGGGGAUCAUGGGGCCCCUGUGUCCUUGCCCAAACUCAAAAAAGCCUAUGAAAAAGGUACCAGGGGCAUCUCAUGGGGCCCCCUACUGACCCUGGGCCCUCGGGCAGUGCCCGAGUUUCCAAAUGGUCAGCCCGCCCCUGCAGGGGAGGAC